AGUAGUUUUAUGAUUUGUAAAUAUAUAGUAUCAAACACAUUUCAAACAUUUGUUUAAAUUAGAGUCUAAUUUAUGAAUUUGUUACCAAAUAAAUAUUUGAAAAUAUGUAAUACUAUUUUGUUUUCCUUGAACCCUUUGUUUUCAAAUUUCUGUUUUCAGAUUUCUUACCUCAGAGGCCUUAAAUUGUUUAUAUUUUUUUUAGGUUUAAAUCAUAUUUUAGUCCCUGAACUUUGAAUGAUGUUCUAUGUUGGUCCUUAAAUUUUAAAAAGUGUCCAUUUUAGUCUUUGAAUUUUGAAUAUUGUUUAUUUUGGUCCCUAAACUUUUAAAAUUGUACGUUUUAGUCUCUGAACAUUCAAAAAGUGUUUAUUAUGGUCCUUAUUAUAUAAUGAUGUUCUAGGAGAAUUUAAAAGACAUUUUUAAUCCAAAAUUUUGGUCAUUCACUAUUUUGGUAUAUUGGUUGUUGACAUUUUAUUCACCUUCAUUUUGCUCAAUAUGUCUAGAGCAUAGUCAUCCAAAAAUACAAGCUCCCUCAAAUUUCUAUUGAAUAGUUAACAUAAUUUUAAUAGUAGGGAUUAAAAUAUACACUUUAAAAAUUUAAAGACUAAAAUGAAUGUUUUUGAAAGUUUAAGGACCAGAAUAAAAUGAUAUUCAAAGUUUAGGGACUAAAAUAGGAUUUAAACCUUUUUUUGACAAUAUGUGGAGUGGAGGAAUCGAAUAUUUGAUUUCGAGGUUGAUAGUACAAACACUAUAGUAGUUAAGCUAUGUUCAUUUUGGCACUUAAAAUCGGUUAUUGAUACGUUUUACUAGAAAAUUGUAAUUUUUUCUUAUGACAUUAAACUCGAUGAGAAUGUUGAAUGAGUUCAAAUGUUACUACUACUUUGAGUUAGUUUUUAUAUUGAAGGUAUGACUGAUAUAUUAUAAAAGUUAAAUGAUAUGUUUUACAAGUUGAAUCAUGUUCUAGUUAGAAAGCAAAUAUAUAAUAAUAGCUGGAUUAAACUAAAUCCACAAAAUGGGGGGAAAAACAGAAGAAAAAGGAAUUUGAAACUUCACCUUGAUUUUGGGUAUUUUAGUUGUGAAAGAAUGGAUAUCCAAUAAUCCAAUGUACCAAAUCAACCCAAAAUUUCUAAAAAUGGUUGUUAAUGUUAUAAAUAGUAAAGAGAGAGAGAGAGAUUGUGGUGAAAAUGCAAUCAGAAAUUUUCAAAGCAAAAGAAAUGUUAAGCUAUUUCAAGCACUUACCUGAUUAAGCUUCCAAUGGCUGUUGUUCCCUUCUUCUACAAAGCCCAUCUCUUCCAUCAAUUCCCUUCAUAAACUCCUCCAUCUUCCCUUCCCAUUCACCAUUCUCAUCUUAUUGUUCUCUGGAGGAAGAGAACGGCAGAAUAAAAAUGGAGCUCAUCAAUAAUGUCUUCCUCCUCCUCGCCUUCUCUUCUCUUUUCUCCUCUGCCAUUGCCAUUUGUGUUCCUCGCAAUGCUUUGGGCUUUGUAUCAACUUCUAUUCCACCAACCAUUGAGCCGCAAAUAGCCCCACAGACAACAGAGUCAGUUACGGCUUCUCUGCCACAAUCUCCCUCAGCACAGACACCGCAGGUUGAGGUUACAGUUUCACCGCCUCAAUCUCCACCGACACAAGCACCGCCGGCUACGGUUACGGUUUCGCCGCCUCAAUCUCCCUCACCAUCGACGAAUUCCGCUCCGGCGGAGGAGGAGCAGGAAUCCGCCUCUGAAGAAGACUCAGGACUACCUGAAUUUCAAAAAUUGCCUUCGGAUAAUUUGGUAUCGUCGGUCGCAUCAAGCACGACGACGGAUCUGGUUGAGAUCUGCGAUGUGACUAGCAAUCCUCAACUAUGUAAAACCUCGAUUUCAUCUCAGAUCCAUGGAAUGACGGUGGAUCCUACUUCAGCAUUGAAAACAGAAAUUCAGCAAUCGAUGAAAGAGGUGACGAAAGCAAUUGCAACAUUGAAGGAACUUCGUAAAGAUCCAUCAGCAUCGAAUGUGGAAAUCGCGUGUUACGAUACUUGCCUGGAGAAUUUCGAUAUAGCUAUUGAAGAUCUAAAAGCUGGAUUGGAAUCGAUCGAUGUUCACGACGUUGGUAGAAUGGAGAGUGUUCUUACGGCCGUACUGACGGAUCUGAUGACUUGCGAUGAUACAUUUGCAGAGAUGGGAGUGGAUUCUCCAUUGGAUAGUCUUAGCACGAGGAUGAGCAAGUACGCCAGUAAUUGCUUGGCGAUUUCGAAAUUGCUUCUGUAAAGGCAAAACAGAAGCGAGUUGGAGAAGAAGAUUCCAUUGAUGGAGUCUGCCUCUUGUUCUUGUUCUUGUUGUUCUUCUUCAACUCAGAGCCUUCAUUUGGAGAAGGUUUAUUUAAACAUUCUGCUCUGUUCAUUCUAUGAUGAAUUCAUGGAAUAAAUUUUGCGAAGUGAUUUGGUGGCAAAUUGGCAA